GGAGAAUUAUUAAAAAUGAAACAAAAAGUAACAAUAGUGACACUUGUAUAGAAUCAGUUAUAGUAAAUAAUAAUGAGAUUAAUAACACUAAAGAUAUAGCAAACAGUUUUAAUGAUUAUUGGAUAAAUUUGACUAACAGCAGUGAUAAAUUUCUGACAAAGCGAAAGUUGAAACCUUGUAUAAAUCAAAAUAAAACUGGAAGUAGUAUUUUUCUCAAUCCAGUAACGGAAAACGAAACAUUAAAAAUAAUACAAUUGUUGAGGAAUACUAAAGCAGUAGGCUAUGAUGAAAUUCUCACAAAAAUUAUUAAAAUAUGCAAAGAUGAACUAGUACCAGUUAUAACAUACCUAAUCAAUUUGUCGUUUGAAACUGGUGAAUUCCCAGACGCACUAAAAUUAUCGGUGGUCAAGCCACUACAUAAAAAGACGAUAAAAAACAACUUAAUAACUACCGCUCAAUUGCACUCGUAUCUAUUUUUACAAAAGUCUUUGAGAAAGCAAUGUAUGGCCGUUUAACAAUUUUUUUUACAAAAAAUAAUAUAAUAAACAAGCAACAGUUUGGCUUUCAAAAAAACAAGUCGACAACAUUAGCUGCAUUUAAACUGGUUAACAAAAUAGCAGAAAAUAUAGAUUCAAAAAAACCAACGUGUGUAAUAUUUUUUGAUAUGAGCAAGGCUUUUGACUUCGUAUCACACACCAUCUUGUUGGAUAAGUUGGAGCAAAAUGGCGUUAGAGGACCAGCUCUUAACUGGAUGGAGUCCUACUUAAAAGACCGUAAGCAAUGUGUGGAGAUCAAUUCUAUCGACGAAAAGGCUACCAUAAUUGCCCAAUUGGACCAUUAUUAUUUUUAAUUUAUAUUAAUGACCUGCCUAGUGUGACAAAAAAUGACUGUUAUUUAUUUGCCGAUGAUAUAUCAAUAAUUAUGACAUGUAAUAAUAAAAAUGAGAUUGAUAUUUAUGAAAGUGAAAUUAAUAAUGAAAUUAAUACAGUGGUAAAUUGGCUGGAGGAUAAUAAUCUUCAAGUUAAUAUUAAAAAAACCUCAUUUAUGCAAUUUAGUUUAAGUAACCGCUCUAAUAACUAUAGCCUUAAGAUAAAUUAUACAAAUACCCAAAUAGAAGAAGCUUUGCAUGUUAAUUUUUUAGGAGUACUUCUAGAUAAAAAUCUAAAAUGGAAAGAGCAUGUAGACAUGGUAUGCCAAAAAAUUGAUAGAUAUGUUUAUGUGUUAUAUAGAUUGCGUAAAACGGCUUUACAAAGUACAGUCCUGGCAGCUUAUCAUGGUUACGUCGCAUCAGUACUUCGAUAUGGACUAAUCUUGUGGGGAAACUCUAGCGAGGCUAAUAGGGCUUUCAUAGCCCAAAAGACAUGCUUAAGAGCUAUGACAGGAGCUUUUUACUUAGAUUCGUGUGAACCACUGUUUAAAGAAUUACGUAUUCUUCCAUUUCCCUGUAUGUAUAUAUACGAAAUAUGUAUCUUUGUCAAACAACAUGACCAUUUAUUUACAAAAGCAAGAGAUAUUUAUCCGAGAAAUACAAGAAACGGUGACAGACUGGUGAUUGCACACAAAUUUCAUAAUGCAUCCUACGGAAAAUGUAGCUAUGUCAUGUGUAUAAAAAUAUUUAAUAAACUCCCUCCAAGCUUACGCGUAUUACCCGUCCAACGAUUUAAAAAGGAUCUUUUUACAUGGCUUAUAGAUAAAUGUUUUUAUUCCAUAAAUGAAAUGUUGACACAUUAGGUUAAAUUAAAUUGACUUUAAAAUAUAUAUUAAUUCUAGCCUUUAAAUAAUGACAUUUAAAAAUAAUAAUUAUAAUUUAAAUUAACCUAAGUGCUUAAAAUAUAGAGUUUGUUAAUCAAUUAUGAUAAUAACUAGAAUUUUGUUAAUAGUAAUUUUGCAUGCCAGAAAUUGCCGAUAACAUUGAUACAUUAAAACUACUUACACCCAUUGUUACAUGUUUUCUAGCAAAAUAAAGAAUUUAUUUAUUUAUUAUUUAUUUAUUUUAUUUAAUUAUUGUUGCUACAGUUUUUGAAGUGCAAGUAAAGAAGUUCUUUAGAAUCGUUGUUUUUUUAAACUCGGUGAAACGAAAAAGCGAGACGAUAGAGGCGCCUUUCCCAGCUAUAUCCGAGGUUCUCGAGGGUGCAGAGAACGAAUUUGGGAUCAUUUUUGAAAUCCAAGAUGGCCGCCUGCUUCUGGAUGGAAACUGCUUCAUUUCGUUUGGGCCUACUCACGUUCUAAGCGUUAUUAUUCUAUGAGUAUAGAUAAGUGGACGACGGCGACUUCGCGUAAUUUUGUUUACGUGCCAAUAUUACAUUUGAAUUGAUUUUUUUUCACAAUAAUGUGGAUUUUAACUUUAUAGGGAAAUCUUCUUCAUUUUUAUAAUGAUCUUCCUACAUAUUAUCUUCCAUUAAAAUCUUAAAAUCCCAUCAAUUCACUCCUUUGUUUAUGAACCAGUUGGAAUGCAACAAUAAAUCCUUAAUCUCACGGGAGAUCUGGCCACAUAUCAGUGAAAACCGUAUUCGAAUCGAUUCACGUGUUUUUAAGAUUAGUGUGCAAACGCACAGAUAAACCGAAAAACAGAUAAAAAAUAUGGCCUCAGGUAUCGUUAGUAAAGCGUGUAAAAAUAUUAUAUAAACAUGACACGGAAAUUUACGAUUUUACUAAAUGUUUUCUUAUAGAUUUGGUCACUAUAGAUCUAAGACUACAAUAUAAUAGCGUAUAGAUAAACAGAGCGUGCGAAAGAGAAAACGAUAUCGCUAUAGGCUCGUCUAUACGUUAUUCUAUGUCUAUGGUAGAGAUAGCCGGAUGUGAUCACACGAUAAUCCUUCAAAUGUGCACCGAUGAAUAAAUGUCGUAAAGCUAUUUAAUUUAUUUUAUACUGAGUAUUCAAUUUUUACACUAUUUCUCGUAAGCUUGUAUAAAUUGUCACAUUUUUAUGUAUCAAUCCAAAUAAAUUAUUUUGUCGAUGAUAUAGUAUAUAGUUCCUACAUAAUAUUAUAAAAUUGAAAGUUUGAA